AUGUUGUUUGAAUGCCCACCAGCUCGACAGGCAUGGGCACUAUCCCCUAUCCCAACGCCUCCUCAAAGUUUCCCUACAGCGCGAAACUAUAAAGUUUUCUCGAAUGACGAUCAUGACCCGCGGGAUGUCCUGGAAUCUGCGAUAACAGAGGCUCGCGCAUGGACCUCAGCUCAAACGACUGAGGUCAACAUGCCGACACACACGGCGAUAUGUAUCAGGCCACCAAUCUUGGGUGAAUGGUGCCAAGUCGAUGGGGCGUGGAAGGAGACUGAGUGUUGUGCGGGACUUGGUUGGUAUAAUUUUGAUCCGGGUUCAGGCUCGAUUUUGGUUGGCUCCAGCAAUCUACGGCGGGGUUUUUCCCCUCUGCAGACAGAAUUGGAGGCAUUGGUGUGGGCUAUGCAGUGUAUGCAAGUCCACAAUAAACGGCAAAUGAAUUUUCAAAGAGACUGCGCUGAGUUGGUGAAGAUGGUGGCAAAACCCACAGACUGGCCGGCGAACGAGAUCUUGCUUGAAGAGGUGGAGAAGUGCAAAAGGAGUUUCCAAGCUUUCUCUCUAACUCACAUUCCACAAACGAAGAACACAAAGGAAGGCAAGCUAGCACGGAGUGCUCGAGAUCAGCCUUAUGAUGUGUAUUAUGUAAACUCAGUUCAACCGGUAACGCUUCCCGUACCGAGUUAG